UCAGAGGGAGAAGCAGACUCCCUGCCGAGCAGGGAGCCCGAUGCAGGACUCGAUCCCGGGACUCCAGGAUCAUGACCUGAGCUGAAGGCAGUCGCUCAACCAACUGAGCCACCCAGGCGCCCUAUUAAAGGCAAUUUUGAAGAAGGGAAACAAAUAUAGUAUGACCCAGCAAUUCCAGUCCCAUAUAUAUAUAUAUGGGACUGGAACAGUUAUUUGUACACCGGCAUUCAUAGUAGCAUGAUUCACAAUAGCUAAGAGGCGGAAACAACCUAGUGUCCGUCAACAGAGCAGUGGAUAGACAAAAUAUGGUAUAUCUACACAAUAGAAUAUUAUUCAGCCAUAAAAAGAAUGAAAUUCUGGCUCUUUUUUGUGGAGCCUCGGAGGCGGUAGGCUGCUUCAGGAUGAAGCUGAACAUCUCUUUCCCAGCUACUGGCUGCCAGAAACUCAUUGAAGUGGACGAUGAACGCAAACUUGGCAACUUUUAUGAGAAGCAUAUGGCCACCGAAGUUGCUGCUGAUGCUCUGGGUGAAGAAUGGGAGGGUUAUGUGGUCCGAAUCUGUGGUGGCAAUGACAAACAAGGCUUCCCCAUGAAGCAGGGUGUCUUGACCCAUGGCCGUGUCCACCUGCUGCUGGGUAAGGGGCAUUCCUGCUAUAGACCAAGGAGGACUAGAGAGAGAAAGCGCAAAUUGGUUCAGGGUUGCAUUGUGGAUGCCAAUCUCAGUGUUCUCAACUUGGUCAUUGUAAAAAAAGGGGAGAAGGAUAUUCCUGGACUCGCUGAUAGUGUGCCUCGUCGCCUGGGGCCCAAAAGAGCCAGCAGAAUCCGCAAACUUUUCAGUCUCUCUAAAGAAGCUGAUGUCCGCCAGUAUGUUGUGAGAAAGCCCCUAAACAAAGAAGGUGAGAAACCUAGAACCAAAGCGCCUAAGAUUCAGCGUCUUGUCACUCCACGUGUCCUUCAGCACAAACAUUGGCGUAUUGCUUUGAAGAAGCAGCGCACUAGGAAAAAUAAGGAAGAGGCUGCAGAAUAUGCUAAACUUUUGGCCAAGAGAAUGAAGGAGGCCAAAGAAGAACACCAGGAACAGAUUGCUAAGAGACGGAGGCUGUCCUGUCUGAGAGCUUCUACCUCUAAGUCUGAGUCCAGUAAAAAAUGAGAUUUUCUGAGUGACAAAUAAAUAAGAUCAGACAUAAAAAAAAAAAAAAGAAUGAAAUUCUGGUACCUGCUACAAUGUGGACGGACCUCCAAAACAUUAGGCUACAUGAAAGAAGCCAGACACAGAGGACAAAUAUUGUAUGUUUCCAUUUGCAAGAGGUUCUUGGAAUAGGCAAGUUCACAGAGACUAAAGUAAAAUAGGAGUUACCAGGAGGGAGGAUUUGCUGUUUCAUGGGAACAGAGUGUAUGUUGGUGGUGAUGGAAUGUUUUGGGUAUAGAUGGUGGUGCUGGUUACACACAUUGUGAAUGUGUUUAAUGCCACCGAGUUGUACAUUUACAAAUGGUUAAAAUGAUAAAUAUCAUAUGUAUUUUACCACCAUCAAAAGGAAGGGAAUCAAGAAUAACGCCUCUCUUCUAACGCAGCUGCAUUCUCUUCACAUCUGUGUCCACAGUCAUAGGUUUUGUUUAUAUCAUUGUAAUUAUUAUACAAAUCAUUGUAUUUGAACUUU